UAUCCACUGUAACUUUAAUUCCAGUUUGCGAAGACGAAGAGCUUUCUAAGGAAUCGAACAUGGUUGAGCAAUAAUGAAGAGCUUCGUUGAAUGCACAGCUACUGCUUCAGUUUUACUUGGACUAAUAUCAAGUAUAGUUGCAUCAAGAUCUGCUAAUGAAUUAGCAACAAAUCCACGAAAUUCAAACUCAACCCCUAUUGUUUCAGCUAACUGAGCUGAUUUCCAUCCAACUUGUUGCAGAGAAUCAGUGUUAUCAGGCUGUGAAGGUCCAAUUCCGACAAUAGUAUGAAGUAUUCAAAGGAUCCUUUUGAAGCUUCCAUUGAGGAAGAGGAGGGCUCACCCCCUGAAUCUCCUGUUGGCCUUGAUGAGAAUGAAACUGAAGACCAAGCUGCACUUAGUGGUAGUGUCCCUGAAGGUGAUGAUGCUAAUAUCAAUUCUGGUCUUGAAAAUCGUUUGACAUCUAGGACAGUACCAAGUUCCGCUGGUACUGCUGGUUCAAGUAGUAAAAUCAAAGAGGAAGACGAGGAGGAUGAGGAAGAUAACAUGGAUGUACAGUUAGAAAAGUUUGCACCAAACAGUGAUCCUGAUAAAAUGGUGAAGAUGCAGUCUAUAUUGUCCCAAUUCACAGAGGAGCAAAUGAGUAGGUAUGAAUCUUUCCGUAGGUCUGGAUUUCAGAAAUCGAACAUGAAGAAGUUACUGACCAGUAUCACAGGAAGUUCAAAGAUAUCUAUGCCAAUGACAAUUGUGGUGUCUGGUAUAGCAAAAUUGUUUGUCGGUGAGCUUGUUGAAACAGCUAGAAUGGUGAUGGCAGAGAGGAAGGAUACAGGGCCAAUCAGGCCGUGUCACAUGCGAGAAGCGUAUAGAAGACUAAAACUUGAAGGCAAGAUUCCAAAAAGAUCAGUGCCAAGGCUUUUCCGUUAGCCAACCAUGGAAGCUACUUGUGCUAUUAUUUCAGGCCAUGUAAACAUAGCUGGCCCACAAAGCUUGGAAGGUAUGCAGAUGCUUUUGGAUUUGCUUGUUUAAAUCUGCAGAACCUAUUCAUUAUAAUGCGACAUUUGGAAAAACAAGGAUGUUAUUAUACCUCCUGAUCCGGAACCCAAAAAUGGGGAAAUAGAAACAGAUACUCUUGAACAUCUUGGCUAAAACAUUACAGCAUCACUUUAUUUUUUAAAGGCAGAAUUUGCUGUGCGCGCUAAAUGCUAAUACAAGAGAUGGUUAGUGCCUUGAGUAAAGCACACAAUCUCUUUAACGUUUCUAUAGAGUUUUUUCAUCAUGGUGUUUUUGUGCAUAAAUUACUAAAAGUGUGGACUUACAUCAUCAAUUGAUGAGCUAAUCACUCGUAUUUUGAACUUUUGGUGCACCCAAAUGAAAAGAAACGAUUGACAACAAUGCUUAUUCAUUCACCAAGUACAUUGAGCCAGGCAAAAGAAGCUAAUUUUUUUUUGUUGACCAGAAAAGAGAUACAAAAGGCAGUAUGAGGAGUAAGUUUGAGUUCUAAUUUGGGAACUGACAUCAUUUGGCAGCAGGGUAUAAGUACCUAAUUUUAUAUCUUCAAAUUCAUAAUCUGGAUGUAAGCUUUUUGGAGAACAAGUAGGUCAAGGGGCAGUCCCGUGCACUAUGCGCAGGGUCCGGGGAAGAGUCUAUUGUACGCAGCCUUACCUUGCAUUUUUGUCAGAGAUUAUUUUCAAGGCUUGAACCCGUGAUCUCUUGGUCACAUGGCAGCAACUUUACUGGUAGAACAUGGUUUUGGCCUAGAGCACCUACUUGCUCCUUUAUAGGUAUUAUUAUUAUUAUGCUAGCAUUAUUUUAUUCUUCAAUUUUAUUACUGUUGUUUUUUUUCUCUUUAUUUAGGUUAUCUUUACUUUUUUUUUUGUUGGUUUUCUGUCUUCAAUAUUUUCACCUUCUUUUUGUAUUUUGUAAUUUGCAUUUUUGAGCCAAAUCAGAAACAGUUUCUCUACCCACAAAGAUAAGGAUAAAAUUUUACACCCAA